AUGGGUUACACUGCGAAAGCUACCAUUCCACUCAUUCCGCUGGCGAAAGACUCGGUCCUUCUGCCCGGCGUCACCCUACGUAUCUCGGUUUCGAAUCGUGCGGACAUACCUCUACUUCUCUCGUCCGCAUUCCAAAGGGCAACGAAAUCGAGGACAGGUUCCGCCCAACUACCAGUGGGCUGCGUCCCUUUGAACUCUCCCUUCCUGAGUUCCGAUGGCAAAGAGUUACUCGACAGUGCCGAGAAUGAAAGCAGCAAACACACUCAAUAUGCGGACAUAGAUCCCGGAAAAGCGAGAAAGCAAGAUUUAUUUGGAUAUGGCACUCUAGCAAAGAUCAUUGGCGUCCAGGGAAACUCGAAUGCCGAUCCUUACCUUAUCGUUGAGGGUGUGCAACGCUUCAAGAUUGACAAGAUCAAGCACGAGAAGCCUCAUUUUGAAGCCGAGGUCAACUUUUAUGAAGACGAAGUUCCUGAUCUCAACGAUGGCGAUCUCCGAGCAAGUUUCACUCGACUGAAGCAGCGUUCUCGCGAACUCCUCACCCUCCUGAGGCUCUCUUCCCUGUUCAGGCCUGCCUCGGUGGUGUUGUCCCCGCUCAUUGUUCGCCGCUUCGAGCUCUAUAUCGCAAAGAAAGACCUGUCGCAGGCUGGCCAAUUAGCCGAUUUCAUGACUGACAUUGUUGAAGCCAGCUUCGAGGAGAAACUACGCAUCUUGAGCACUUUGGAUUUGCAUGAGAGACUAGAACGAGUCUUGGCUCUUUUGAACAAACAGAUCUCAGGCAUAAACGGAAACAUUAAAAUUACCUCGGUCACCUCCACAACCCUUCCAAAUCUCGGCGUGGAUAUCUCCGACCUCAAUCAGAGUCAACGCGAGGCUCUGGCGAGACGGGCAAUGUCUGGCCUUAACGGUAUGACGCCACCAGGGAUGCCUGGACAAGGUCGCGGCGACGCAGAAGAAGACAACGAAGUCAAUGAAGUAGAAGAACUGCGGAAGAAGAUUGCGGAAGCCGGUCUCUCACUUGAAGCUCAGAAGGUCGCGGAUCGGGAGCUGAGACGCCUAAAGAAAAUGAACCCGGCCAAUGCAGAAUACGGCGUAAUUAGAACUUAUGUCGAAAACCUCGCCGAAAUUCCUUGGACCAAAGUCACAGAUGACCAUCUGGGCGCAGAUACUCUUAAGCGUGCCCGCAAACAGCUUGAUGAUGAUCAUUAUGGUUUAGAAAAGAUCAAGAAGCGCUUGCUGGAAUAUCUGGCUGUCUUGAAGCUAAAGCAAUCGGUCAAUGCUGAUGUCGAUCAACAGAUCGCACGCCUUACGAAACAGCUCACUCCACCGGCGGAAGGCGAGGAGAAGGAGACUGAACAAAUCGCCGAUGAUGAGAAGGAUGCUGCUACGGCAAAGCUUCACGUCCUCAAGUCGAAGAGAAUGGUUGAUAAAUCACCUAUUCUGCUGCUGGUUGGACCUCCUGGUACUGGAAAAACAUCGCUGGCAAAGUCGGUCGCGCUUUCUUUGGGACGAAAGUUCCAUCGAAUCUCCCUUGGUGGUGUUCGCGACGAGGCUGAAAUACGAGGACAUCGACGGACCUAUGUUGCUGCAAUGCCUGGUCUCAUUGUCAGUGGCUUGAAAAAGGUCGGCGUUGCGAACCCAGUUUUCCUUCUCGAUGAGAUCGAUAAAAUAAGCUCGAACAAUUUUCAUGGUGAUCCAUCAGCGGCUAUGCUCGAGGUGCUUGAUCCUGAGCAGAACCAUAGCUUCAAUGAUCACUACGUCAACAUCCCCAUUGACCUGAGCAAGGUCCUCUUCAUCGCCACAGCCAAUUCUCUCGACACGAUACCUGCACCCUUGCUUGAUCGUAUGGAAACGAUACAACUUUCUGGGUAUACCACAAUCGAAAAACGACACAUCGCUAAGCAACAUCUUAUCCCAAAGCAGAUCCGUACAAAUGGUCUUUCAGAGGGCCAAGUACAGAUCCCAGUGGAUGUCCUGGAUACCAUCAUAACUUCAUACACCCGCGAGUCAGGUGUCCGAAAUCUAGAGCGAGAAAUAGGCUCGGUAUGCCGCUACAAAGCCGUUCAGUACGCGGAUGCACGUGACAGCGACGAGACAAAAUACAACCCUACUGUUCAAAUGGACGAGCUCGAGGAUAUUCUCGGAAUCGAACGCUUUGAAGAAGAGAUUGCAGAAAAGAGAUCUCGCCCUGGUGUUGUCACAGGCUUAGUUGCUUACUCGUCCGGCGGUCAAGGCAGCAUUCUCUUCAUAGAAGUAGCAGAUAUGCCUGGCAAGGGACGCGUACAAUUGACAGGCAAACUUGGCGAUGUGUUGAAGGAGUCUGUGGAAGUCGCACUCACGUGGGUGAAAGCCCACAGCUACGAGCUCGGUCUGACACACGAUCCAAACGAGGACAUCAUGGACAAGCGAGCCAUCCACGUCCAUUGCCCAGCGGGUGCUACACCAAAGGACGGUCCCAGCGCCGGCCUAGCACAUACAGUUGCGCUCAUCUCACUGUUUUCAGGCAAGUCCGUACCGCCGGAGAUCGCCAUGACUGGCGAAAUGAGUCUUCGUGGUCGCGUCAUGCCCGUCGGCGGCAUCAAGGAGAAACUCAUCGGCGCUCACCGUGCCGGCGUCAAGACCGUCCUCCUUCCCAGCCACAACCGUAAGGACGUCAAGGAUGUCCCCGAGGAGGUCAAGGCCGAUCUAAAGAUUAUUUAUGUCAAGCACAUCUACGAAGCGCUGCGCCAUAUCUGGCCCGAGUCUGUGUGGGCGACGGAUCAGCAUUUCGCGAAGGUCGAAAGCAGACUCUAA